AUGGAACAUUUAUUUAUUCCCGACAAGGAACCGGCUAGAAUUUUGAAUACAUCUGAAAUUAAAGAAAUAGUUCUGGACCGCAACAAAAAGCAAACUAUUUACAAUCAAGAUAUGUUCGGACCGAUUAAAGAAGACACCGUCAUUUUAGUGAUUUUUGUGCAGAAAUCUACGAUAAAUUUGAAGUUUAUGAUCAUGUCGCUAUCACAGGUAACUGGAAUACAAGAGACACUUAUAGUAUUCUCUCAUUCACGAUACGAUGAACAUUUUGACAAUUUAAUCAAGGCUAUCGAUUUUUGCCGUGUCAUGCAAAUAUAUUUUCCAUAUUCGUUGCAACUGUAUCCUAGCGAAUUCCCAGGUUUUACGCCAGGUGACUGCGUCCCUGACCAGAGCCUGAGCGUAGCAGAAUAUUUACACUGCAAUGGCGCUUCGAACCCGGACAUGCACGGUCGGUUCCGGAACCCACAAGACGCUGAGAAAAAACACUACUGGUGGUGGACUGCUAAUCACGUGUUCGAGAAUUUAAAGAUUAUUGAUAACCAUAACGGAGUAGUCAUAUUUAUAGAACAUGAUUACAUUUUUAUUGAUGAUUUUCUCUACAUGACACUCCUUAUGAAAAAGAUAUCAAGCACAAUACCUGGAUGUGAGUUAUUGGCACUAGCGGCUACAGAGCCUUCAGAUGAUCAUGCCACGGUCGACGUGAUGUCUUGGGAUCCUGCACUUCAUUCGGGUGUCUUAGCGUUCGAUCUGUCCACGUGGAAUAGCAUUGUGUCUCAUUACGACUUAUUUUGUGACAUCGAUGAUUAUUCGUGGGCCGAAUCUCUGUCCUAUUUGUCUUUGAAUCGCAUAGACGGCGACAAGUAUAGAGUGAUGUCCAGUAAGUUUCCCCGAGCAUACAAAACCGACAAGUGCAUAGUCUUCGGAUCAUUCGCAGAGUGUGACGUCCAGGCGGGCGUUCAUCAGAUUUAUAAUUUGCGAGACCAGGUCAGCAGUCACUUGUUCCCGACGUAUAUCGAGGUGUUCGUGGAUAUUGAAUUUGAGGACCAGUACACGAGCUUCGAUUACGUGGACGUGAACGGUGGUUGGAACGAUCCAAGAGACAAAGCUUUAUGCAGAAAUCUGACCGUGUUUAAGAUCAAGAAGGAGAUAUUGCAAAUGCAUCACCAGUUUGACGGUAUUCUGGAAUAA